AUGCAACUGCUAAUCACUUGUGUUUUUGUUCUUGGUUUUGUUUCACCAUGUUUAUCUUUGAGGUGGAAUGCUGGAACCAAAAACAUUUAUAAUGUGAUGGAAUAUGGAGCUAAUGGCGAUGGCAAAUCAGAUGAUUCACAAGCAUUUUUAAGAGCAUGGAAUAAUGCAUGUGGAGCAAAAGGGGCAUCAACUCUACUUAUACCACAGGAAAAAUUAUUCAUGGUGACAAACAUAUUAUUAAAGGGUACUUGCAAGGCCACAAGUAUUUUGAUUAUGAUUUCAAAUGUAAACAGUCUCACAAUGGAUGGUGGAGGAUCAAUUGAUGGCAAUGGUUCUGAAUGGUGGCAAUGUAUAAGUUGUUCACGACCUAGACUAUUAGGUUUUCAUGCUUGCAAUGAUCUUACAGUUAGUAACCUGACCAUCACUGAUAGCCCUUGUGGUCACAUAACCAUAAAUAGUUGUGAGGGUGCAAGAUUCUCUGAUCUCAAUAUUCAUGCUCCUCCUCAUAGCCCCAAUACUGAUGGAAUUGACAUUUCGGCUUCCAAAAAUAUCUUGAUAGAAGAUUCUACUAUAGGAACUGGUGAUGAUUGCAUUGCCAUCAAUAGUGGUUGUUCUUACAUCUAUGCUGCUAGGGUUGCUUGUGGACCAGGCCAUGGAAUAAGCAUUGGAAGCCUUGGUAGAAAUGAAGCUCAUGAGACAGUUGAAGAGGUUUAUGUAAGGAAUUGUAGCUUCAAUGAGACUCAAAAUGGAGCAAGAAUCAAGACAUGUCAGGGUGGAUCAGGUUAUGCAAGGAAGAUCACUUUUGAGCAAAUAACACUUAUAAGGGUUCACCAUCCCAUAUUAAUAGAUCAACACUACCCUACACAACAUCCAACGGUGACAUACCGUGGUUUCGAAGGAACUUCUGCUAACGACAAUGCUAUUAACUUAAAUUGCAGCCCAUUGGGUUGUUUCAAUAUUGUGUUGGAUCAAAUCGACAUUGUCUCUUCAAAACCAGGGAAGAAGACAUAUGCUUCUUGCAAAAAUGCACAUGGAAUAGUUGGAUCUACUACUCCAAGUGUCCAUUGCUUAUCAGAAUGA